AUGUCUGGUCGGCGCGAGACAUCAUCAGGCAUAAAAAAGUCAAGACGAGCAUCAGUUGCCGCAAAUGCAGGCUCUAUGCGAAGAGAUGCAUCGUCCGCAAGCGAUACGGCUACACAACAAGCGGAGGAGACGGAGAGAGAACAAGUAUUGGCGCCUGUCGAGACAUCCACCGAAAAGAUAGUUCCUGCAGAAAACAAAGAGUUCACAGAAAAUGUUGAGGAAACACCCCUUGCCAGCUCGUCCGAAACCCCAGUUGCAGACCCCCUGGAGCUUGGAACUCCUCCGCCUUCUGGCGAGACUCUGCGACCGGAAGAUGCGUCGGGGUCACACUUGGAGUCGGACGCAAGUAUCCCAGCCCCACCCAUUGCAAAUGUGUCCGAUCCUGUUUCCAAUGUUAGAGAAAGAUUACCUGCAGUAAAGGAUCUGCCAGGAGCCGAUGACAAAGCCCAGCACGAUACUAUGUACACAACAAUGGAAAUAGAGUACGACAAUGCAUGGAAAGAGGUAGCCGAGAACGAUGAAUUAAAUCCAUUCCGCAUCGAGUACGAGAAAAUGCACCGUGCAGUAAUCCGCUCAAGGGAGCACAUUGAAAAGCUUUUCGCCCAAUAUGAAACUUCUUAUGAUGAGUAUCGGGUGAAUCUGGCACAAGCCCAGGAGGCAAAGGAAGCUUCGGUUCAAGAUCAGCAAACUAUCAAAGUUUUACGGGCGCAGAUUAAGCGGGCGGAGGAGAUAGUGGAGUCCAGCAAUAAAAGAGAGGAAGCGGCAAAGGAAGAGCUACGCCAGUUGAAGAUGGACAUAUCCAAUCUAAAUGCCACUCUGAAACAAGGUGUAGGACUUAGCACGAGUCAGGAAAAGGCACUCCAAGAGCUUCUCCAGACCAAGGAGCAAUCUACAAAAGAGCUUGAUGAAGAGCUUGAAAAGAUUGUACAUCUGCGAAACAUUAUUGCGGAUGUGUCCGAGAAGAUUAAAACUGCUGACCAGCAAAAGCGCGACCUAGAGCGAGAGAUAUACGAAUUGAGAGACAAAAGCGCCACAAAGAAAGCAGACAUUGAUGCAGAGCUCAGGAAUAAGGAGCGUCUUGAACGAGAUUUGCGAGAACUGCGGGUGGUGGUAGCAGUCAAAUCACAAGAAGUUCGCGGGAAGCAAGAUUCCGUCAACAGAGCCACAGAUGAUAUUUCCAUUCUUGAAUCCCAGAUCAAGUCGCAAAAGAACUUGAUGGAAAAGCUGUUAAAGGACCAAGAGAGUCUAACAAUCCGGACUAUAAAACUACAACAAGAUGCCGACUCACAAAUGACGACCACUUCUCACCUGAUUGAGGAAAACGAAGCAUUAGCCAACGAACUCAAGACACGCGAGGCCGAGCUUCAAAAAAACACUUUUGAGGUGAAGAAAGUUGCUAGAAUAAAGGACGCAUUGAAUAAGAAGAUACAGGAGGUGGAGGAGCAGAAAUUGGAAGCGGAACUGGAGCGUAAGGAUAUUCGCGGCGAGUGUGAGGACGCUCUUGCUCAAAUCGAGCGCGCCAAAAAGAAUAUCGACCAACACAAAAAGGCCAUUGACGAUCUGACACGCGAACGGGAUAUCUUACAAGCCAACUUUCACAAGACGCAGACGGAACUACACAAGCAUGGACAGAUGUUGGUUCUCUGCAAACAAGCCCGCCACAACAUUGAACUCGAACUGGCCAGAUAUGAGAGGGAAAUCAUUGAUCUGCAAAAAUCUGUGCAGCGGUUGGAAGCAGAGCGUGAUGCUUAUAUUACAGAGUCUGUAGCCCUACAGGGUUCCUGCGUUGCGGGCAUUCAACAGAUCAAAGCUAAAGAAAUCGAACUUUUUGACUACAAGAAGCGGACAGUACAAGCGGACACAAAACUAAAACAUCAGCAAAAUUUGUACGAAGCGGUUCAGAGUGAUCGCAACCUGCAUAGCAAACAUUUGAUAGAAGCACAGAGCGAAAUAACCGAAAUGAAGCGCAAGUUGAAAAUUAUGAACUUUCAGAUCAACGGAUUCAAGGAAGACAUAAAUGCUAAGAACCAAGCCUUGGCGGCAGAGGCGGCAGAACAUGCAAAGUUGGAGAAGGAUAUUGAGAUUAUCACAGAGGAAAUCAAUACGUUACAGCAUCAGAAUGAACUUGGCCAGGCUUAUAUUCGAAUUCAGCAAGCCGAGUCCAGUCGCCUAAAUCAAUUCGUCAAAGAUGCGGAAAUGGAAAGAUCGAGACAAGAGAACGCUCUAAAAAUUCUCAUAACUGAACGAGACAACCUCAGCAACCAGCUUAUCCGGCAAAACGAGGAACUUGCAAAGGUGUACGAUUCCAUCAAGCUGCAGCAGUCGUCCUUGCUUCGAAGCGAGCUCCAUUACCGCGACCGACUAAAAUCUCUCAAUCAUCUGCGGAAAGAGAUUCUCGAGCUUCGUCGUCAGAACGCUACUCUAAAAUCAGAGUCGGCUAGCUUUAAUGACAUGAAGGACACUAUUCACCGGUUGGACAACGAUCUGCUGCACGAGCAGACAAAGAUAAAGGCAUUGGAAGAACAGCUGAAGCACCCCAUCAAUGUCCAUCGAUGGCGAAAACUAGAAGGGCGAAAUCCAAAAGCUUUUGACAUGAUUCAGCUCCUUCAUACAUUGCAGCGGAAACUGAUUGCCAAGAGUAAAGAGGAGGCUGAGAAGGAGCAACUUAUUCACAGCAAGGAAACACUGUAUUUGCACCUCAAAUCACUUUUUGCUAAGCAAGUUGGACCUGAAGCACUGGAGCAAAUUGCUGAGUAUCGGCACAUCCUCAAAGACAAAACAAUGCAGUACAAACAUAUGGGAACGGAGCUGAAUAUGUACCAAGCUCAAUUGAGAGAGUACAAGUAUUCGAUUGCUCAGCUCAACAACGGAGUCAAGGCAAUCAGAGACCAGUUUAUGCAUACAAAUCGGGGAGCUUUGUCGAGUCCAGCAGUCCGACUACGUUCAAAAGCGCGCUCCAAGCAACCAACACCGCCAAUACCUCAUGAACAAGCACCAAUAGCUUCAGAACAGGAGGAAAUGCAACCUACAUAGCUCCGAUUCCCCACGCUGCAAGCGCAUGUCUAGAGACUUGAGAUACUUAAAAGUAAUAUUUAAGUGGACGUUCCUGUACUAUAUAUUAUUUAGCGUAGAUUUCGGCCUGCGUCGUUUGUUUAUAUAAAGUGCGAGGUGCAAUUGAAAUAAUUCCGAGUGCA